UUGAAGAAGUGUAGAAAGAGUAACUCUGAUGAAAUCCCUCAACACCUAGUGAUGGAGAUUAUCAGGAGAUUGCCUGCGAAAUCGGUAGCUAGGUUUCUUCUAGUAUCCAAGUCAUGGGCAAAUCUCAUCACCAAUAGAGAUUUCAUCAAAUCAUUCGAGACCAGGUCUUGUUCGUCUCAGCCUCGUCUCCUAGUCUGUUUCAUUGGUCGAACUAAACCAUGUCAACGCCAAUAUUGCUACUUCUUCUUCUCGUCGUCUUCGUCAUCAACGACUUUUCUGUCACGUGUUAAAUGCCCCCGUGAAGAUCCUGAAUGCUUUCCCUGCCUUCCUCAUUAUGCUAACGGCUUGAUGAGGCUUGGAUAUGGCGAAAAGAAACUCAUAUGUAACCCUAGUACCGGUAAGUCCAUAGCUUUACCAAAGGUCAAAAACAUCAUGAGCGUCUCCAAAAGUUUGUUCGGGUAUGAUACAGUUAAUGAUGAGUACAAAAUAUUAUGCAUGACGAAAAAAUCGCCUGACGGUAUUAAACCCCAUUCACGAUAUGAAUAUCAAGUACUCACAUUGGGAGCUGAUGAACAGUCUUCAUGGAGAACAAUAGAAUGUAGCAUUCCACACCGUUAUUGCUGUAACGCUUAUGUGUGCAUAGAUGGUGUUGUUUACUUUGUUGCUAAAACAGGCGCUGACUUGUGCUUGAUGAAAUUCGAUUUGAGGUAUGAAAAGUGGGAUCUUCUUACUAGGCUAUCCUCAGACAUGUCACGUCUAGGUGAGGAUUGCACUCUGAUAAACUAUGAGGGGAAAGUAGCCAUAACCACUACUAACACCAGCGGAGAUACCUUUAAUGUGUGGGUUAUAGAUCAGGCUGCUCGAGAACCUGGAUGGUUGAAGAAAAGUUUUAGUAUUGAAUCUUGGAAAUUUUUAUCUAAGUUAAGCAUAUAUGGCUCUACUCACACGGGUGAGUUUAUUUUGGCACCAAGGUACUAUUCGCAUGACUUUAGUGUUAUACUUUACAAUCCCAACACGAAUGGUUUGAGAAAAAUUAAGGUUGAUGUAAAGGGAAGCGAUGAGUUCAAGCAUGGUCGGCGUAUGAGAACAAUGGUUUUUUCGGAGUACUUUCAGAGUAUUAGGCUGUUGUAGGAGAGACAGUUUUCAUACUUUGCGUUUAUUU